AUGGCGGAGAAUAAGGUAAACCUGUCGAUCAAUGGACAAUCAAAAGUGCCACCAGGUUUCAGAUUCCAUCCAACAGAAGAAGAGCUUCUCCAUUACUAUCUUCGCAAGAAAGUUCACUCUCAAAAGAUAGAUCUUGAUGUCAUUCGUGAAGUUGAUCUCAACAAGCUUGAGCCUUGGGAUAUUCAAGAAGAAUGUAGAAUCGGUUCAGCGCCGCAGACCGACUGGUACUUCUUCAGUCACAAGGACAAAAAAUAUCCAACGGGGACCAGGACAAACCGGGCAACAGUUUCCGGAUUCUGGAAGGCGACUGGACGUGACAAGAUCAUCUACAGUUGUGUCAGGAGGAUUGGAUUGAGAAAGACGCUCGUGUUCUACAAAGGAAGAGCUCCCCAUGGUCAGAAAUCUGAUUGGAUCAUGCAUGAGUAUCGCCUCGACGAGACUCCAACAACUAAUGAAUAUUCAGAUGUUGUAAGUGAAGAUCCAAUGAGCUACAACGAAGAAGGUUGGGUGGUAUGUCGAGUGUUCAGGAAGAAGAACUAUCAAAAGAUCGACGACUCUCCUAAAAUCACUCUAUCUUCUUCACCUGGUGACACGGAGGAAAAGAGAAAGUCCACCACCUCCCACAACACUCACAAUGGCAACGUCUUGGACCACGUUCUUCUAUACAUGGACCGUUCCUGUCCCAACAUCUGCAUGCCCGAGCUCCAAACCACGAUCCAACGUCAACAUAAUCAAGACGAUAUUUUAUUCAUGCAACUUCCAAGUCUUGAGACACCCAAAUCCGAGGACCUGGUCUACCAAAGUUUAAAGAUUCCAAACCAGCUCGAUUCCUCUCUGGUUCAAGAGAAGAAAAACGGCAGACCGGUUUGCAGUAAUUGGGCUAGUCUUGACCGGCUAGUGGCGUGGCAGUUGAACAACGGUCAUCAUAAGUGUGAUCGUGCGAGUUUUGAUGAAGAAGAGGAAGAUGGUGAUACCAUGAUGCAGCGUUGGGAUCUUCACUGGAGUAAUGAUGAUCAUGUUGAUCUUUGGAGUAGUUUCACUGAAUCUUCUUCAUCCCCUUCGUCUUUAGAUCCUCUUCUUCAUUUAUCUGUAUGA